UUAUUAUUAUUAUUAUUUAUUAUUAUUAUUUUACAAUUACAUUUAAUAAUGUCGGAUCAAGGUUCAACUUAUGCUGUGCUUCAAAGUAUACCAGUUAUGGUUUCUCCAUUAUAUAAAUUACCAAAGAGGAUAUUGAUUGCUUCAGAGUUACAAAUAGUGUCUGAUGAUAUAAAGAAAGUGUCAAAUUAUCCUUUUGCAAUUGAGCGAGAAGUUAUUGCACAAGUAGAAGCAGCACGAAAAAAGGCUUUAGAGUCAGAAGAAGCCUUUAAUUUACAAAAGAAACAGUAUGAAGAAGAAAAAAUGAAUAAACAAAAAGCAGCAGCGAGAAAGAUUGCACCGGGAUUUUUAGAUACAGAUACACGUAUUUUACAACCAAAACAAACCUAUGUUCAUGAAUAUCCUUUAUUAAAUAAAAGCGAAGAUAAUAGUGAAGAUAGUGAUGCUGUUUCACCCAAUGUAAAUAAUAACGAAGCAGGAAAAGUGGUGCCUAUGGAAAUUGGCCAUGAAAAGCAUUUUGAUUAUCUUAAAUUUGAACAAGGAUUAGCACCAGCAGAUCCAUGGGAUACUCCAGAAAAUGAUAUGGUUGCAUUGAGAUCUUUACUUGGAAGUCCUAAAUCAUCUAGUUAUAGCCCAACAUCUACAACUUCAACUCCUCCGCCAUAUCCAUAUCAGCCAUCAUAUCCGCAGUUACAGCAUAGUAAGUCUUACCAGAAGAAUGAAGGAGUUUAUUGGAAUUUCCAGCCAAACGCUACUACUACUACUACUAGUACUAGUACUAGUACUAAUUAUCCAUUAUCACAACAACAUUUACAAAGACAACACAUGAUUAAUUCAGUACCUGCUUUGCCUCCAAAAUUAUUUAAUAAUACUACAAAUUCACUUAUGCCAACUCCUUCUGUUUCUUCACCUAUUAUUUCGACAAAUCACUCUAUUCACCAAACAUCUGCUACUAAUAAUUCAACUGCCGUUUCACCUCCUCCAUUACCACCAUUACCUUUGUCUCAACCAGCCAUACCACGGGAAGAUUUAAUUACUGAGUUGUGUAAUAUGGGCUUCUCAAGAACUCAAGCUAUCGAUGCCUUAGAAAAGAAUAAUUAUGAUAUGAUGAAAGCAACAAAUUUUCUAUUGGAUCAAGCUUAAAUACCAUUAUUAUUAGAUGUAUAUAUACAAGUUAUAUACAUUUUUAUUAUCUCUACGAAGAAAAAAGGAUAUUAACAUUAUAUAAAUAUAUGCAUAAAUGAAAUUCUAUUAUAAUAAU